AGCCUGGCGCGCGGCCAGGGCCCUGCAUGCCUGCCCGGGGAGAUCCUGUUUCACAGGCAGCUGCCGGCACUUGCGGCUCGUCCUUUGUGAGCGCGUCCCUGCUGGGGCGGGAGAGCGGUGCCGGGGGCUGCCCUCGGCACGGGGGGAGCAGGGCCCUGGUGCCAGGGCCAGGGCCAGGGCCACCUGGAGGGGAGCCUGGCAGGCGGGCAGCGCCUGGGCGUAUGGCCUGCCGUGGGGUCCACGUACCCGCGAGGCAAAGCUCCCCGGGGGCAGGGGCUUGGCUCACGGAGGCCUCGAGGGCAAGUCGCUGGUGGCAGGGUCUGGCGUGGCCCGGCUCGGCCACAAGAAACCCCGCUGUGGAGCAGGCCCCCGGGAAGGGAGGGAGCGCGGAGCCCGCUGCCGCUCCCGCGCUAAUUGGCCGUGGCGGCUGGGCGCGCCCUGCUGCGCUCCUGGCGCGGCUCCGAGCAAACCUGCGCGUUGCACAACGCAGCCGUGCUGCGCUGCUUCAGGAGCAAGACGCGCUCCUGCCUGCAGGGCCUGGGCAGAGCCGGUCCUGCAGGUCGCAGCCUGAGCAGGGCGUGAGCUGGCUUAGCUGCGGGGCCACGGCCAAGGCUGCUGUGGGCUCCCCCGGCAGUGCCCGCCAGGAUCGAGUGCUGCGAGCUCCUGUGUGUGCCGGCUGGUGCCAGCACCGAGCGCGUGGGGGUGCGGGCACGCGGGGAUGCCAUCAGCUAGCUGUUUCCCAAUCUCUGGCUGCAGAGGAGCGCUGCUCGGGGGCACCUGGUCCUGGCGCUCGCAGCCCCUGUUGCUCCCACCCAUCGAGGUACGGGUCCGGCGCGGGUGCCCCAGUUCGUCCCGCUGUGGGAAGGUGGCGGCGCGGCUGCAAGGAGAGACCUGCGCCACGUGACCCCGCAGGUCGUGGUGCCAAGGUCUGUCCCUGCCAUCCGGCUGCUGCCGUCUUUGCCGCUGGGCCCGGCUGCCGCCCGGACGUGAGCCCCAUGAUCCCUCGGACCGCGGGGAGGCCGGCCAGGCAGAGCAGGCACCUGGGCAUGCAGCGGCUGUGAGCAGAAGCGCCGUCGCUGGACCCCCUGCUCCCGGCGCUCGGCCACCCCGGCGCGCUCAUGGAUCUGUGGCCCCGCGUGCUGCUCCUGCUCUGGACACUGGUGACGGCCCUGGUGCUGCUGGCCCAGGAGGUGCUCGUGCAGCGCGUCUACACCAACACCUGGGCAGUGCGGGUGCCGGCAGGGCCGCGAGAGGCUGACAGGCUGGCCAGGAAGCAUGGAUUCCUCAACCUGGGGCCGAUUGUGGGGGACUACUACCACUUCCGGCACCACGCCGUGGUGAAGCGCUCGCUCUUGCCCCACCCGUCCUGGCACAGCCGCCUGGCCAGGGAGCCCCAGGUGCACUGGCUGGAGCAGCAGGUGGCCAAGCGCCGCACGAAGAGAGACACCUUCACGGAGCCCACAGACCCCAAGUUCCCGCAGCAGUGGUACCUGUACAACACGAACCAGCGGGACCUGAAUGUGCGGGGAGCCUGGGAGCAGGGCUACACAGGCAAGGGCAUUGUGGUCUCCAUCCUGGAUGAUGGCAUCGAGAAGAACCACCCAGACCUGGAGGACAACUAUGACUCCGAUGCCAGCUUCGAUGUGAAUGACCAAGACUCCGACCCACAGCCCCGCUACACACAGAUGAAUGACAACCGGCACGGGACACGCUGUGCUGGCGAAGUGGCUGCUGUGGCCAACAACGGCAUCUGUGGCGUGGGCGUGGCAUACAACGCCAAAAUUGGAGGCGUGCGGAUGCUAGAUGGGGAGGUGACGGACGCCGUGGAGGCCCGCUCCCUGGGCCUGAACCCCAACCACAUCCACAUCUACAGCGCCAGCUGGGGCCCCGAGGAUGAUGGCAAGACGGUGGACGGCCCGGCCCGGCUGGCGGAGGAGGCCUUUUUCCGCGGGGUCAGCCAGGGUCGCGGGGGGCUGGGGUCCAUCUUCGUCUGGGCCUCGGGGAACGGGGGCCGGGAGCACGACAGCUGCAACUGCGACGGCUACACCAACAGCAUCUACACACUGUCCAUCAGCAGCACCACGCAGUACGGCAAUGUGCCCUGGUACAGCGAGGCCUGCUCCUCCACCCUUGCCACCACCUACAGCAGCGGCGGCCAGAACGAGAAGCAGAUCGUGACGACCGACCUGCGGCAGAAGUGCACCGAGUCGCACACGGGGACCUCGGCCUCUGCCCCACUGGCUGCUGGCAUCAUCGCCCUCGCCCUGGAGGCAAACAACAACCUGACGUGGCGGGACAUGCAGCACCUAGUUGUGCGGACGUCCAAGCCGGCACACCUCAAUGCCAAUGACUGGGUCACCAAUGGCGUGGGCCGCAAAGUCAGCCACUCGUACGGCUACGGGCUGCUGGAUGCGGGCGCCAUGGUGAGCCUGGCCAGGAACUGGACCUCGGUGGGGCCCCAGCGGAAGUGUGUUGUUGACAUCCUCACGGAGCCCAGGGACAUCGGGAAGCGGCUGGAGGUGCGGCGGAAGGUGGACGCCUGCCUGGGCAGGGCCAACUACGUCAGCCGACUGGAGCACGUCCAGGCCCGGCUCACGCUGUCCUACAACCGGCGCGGGGACCUGGCUAUCUACCUUGUCAGCCCCAUGGGCACCCGCUCCACCCUGCUGGCCUCCAGGCCCCAUGACUACUCGGGUGAUGGCUUCAACGACUGGGCUUUCAUGACCACGCACUCGUGGGAUGAGGACCCUGCCGGGGACUGGGCGCUGGAGAUCGAGAACACCAGCGAGGCCAAUAAUUAUGGCACCCUGACCAAGUUCACGCUGGUGCUGUACGGGACAGCAUCCGAGUCCACCGACAUCUCCAACCGCAUCGAGAGCAGUGGCUGCAAGACCCUCGCCUCCAGCCAGGCCUGCGUGGUGUGCGAGGAAGGCUACUACCUGCACCAGAAGAGCUGCCUGAAGCGCUGCCCGCCCGGCUUCGCGCCCAGCGCCCCAGCCCCGCUCCUGGCCGACGAGGCAGAGAACAGUGUGGAGCCACCAGCUGCUCCGCGCCUCUGCCUGCCCUGCCACGCCUCCUGCGCCACGUGCACCGGCCCCAGUGCCACCGAGUGCCUGAGCUGCCCGGCCCACUCGCACUACAGCCCCCCAGACCGGACCUGCUCCCACCAGACACAGAGCAGCCGGGCAUCCCCCGCCCUGAACGAGGGCCUGGCCGAGGCGCCAGCACCCUCCAACCUGCCCAUCCUGGUGGCCAGCCUCAUCUGUGCCCUCAUCGUCAUCAUCUUCAUUGUCGUCUUCCUGGUGCUGCAGCUGCGCUCGGGCCUCAGCCUGCGUGGUGUCAAGGUCUACGCCUUGGACAGCGGUAUCAUCUCCUACAAGGGGCUCCCGGCUGACGUGUGGCAGGAGGCGCCAUCCGACUCGGAGGGCGAGGAGGCCGAGGCACACAGCGAGAGGACUGCUUUCAUCAGAGACCAAAGUGCCCUUUGAUGAGCCCCCACAGGGCGGGCGGGCACAGACUCUGCUUUGGCACGGCCAGGCCUGGCCUUCCAGAUGCCGGGGCUGGCCCCGUCCUGCUCCUGGGAGGGCCCCGUGCCCAGUGCCCGUGCUCUCUGUGCUCGCCAAAGUGGGUUCUGCAGUGGCCCCCUCCCAUGCUGCCCGGCCCUGCCCCAUGCCAGCGCCCACCAGGCAGGGCAGGGGCCACGCGUGCCGCAGCGAUGAGUACUUGGCCAGUCUCUCUGCCUACAGCUGGGCCUCUGCUGCCUCCCUGCUAGGGGCUGCUUGUGCCCAGGACCCUGGCCUGGCCCAGCCUCUCCUGCCUGUGCAGGCUCCUCUCUGCUUACCCGUCCCCGAGCCCUGGGUCUGGCAUCUCUCCCUGCUUUCCUCAACAGCAAUAAUGGCCAGGCCCUGCUCCUCUCUUGGGCAUGCCCCAGGGAGGUGCUGGAGCCGGGCCCCAAGCCCCUCGGCUGGCAGGGACCAGGGAGCGUACAUCUCCCGGCGGCAAGGGGCCCGGGGCUGGAAGCACCCAUGGGCCAGAACUGGGGAUGGCCACCCUGGAGCAUCCCCUGCCCCUGCCCCUGCCCAGGGCUGAGCCUGGGACCCAGCCCUGCAGUGGGGAGGGUUGUGCUGCCCCCGCCCCAUGCUGCUGAGCCACGUGGGGCUGCCCCGGGGCCUGGCCUCACCCUGGCCCGCGGGGGGGGGCACCGUCCAGGCAUCCUGCUGUGACUGGAGAGCAGCCGUCCGCCCCUCACUCAGGCAGUACGAAGGGUUGUGGAGCCUGGGGGCAGCGCUGCAGGGCCUGGGCCACGGGACCCCAGCUCUCCUCUGGCCCUAGGGGCUGCUGGACCCGACACCCGCCCACAGCUCCCUUGGCAAAGGCCCUGGUCCCUGGAGUCCCUGCCCCUCCUGACGUGCCUUGCCCCCCUUUGGUGACAAUCCAUGUUGCUCCUCACCUGGAGCCUCCGCCCCCCGCCCCGGGCACUGGCUCUGCGCUCACAAUCCAUUCAUCCAUCCCCUGCAGCAGCAGGCCGGGCCCAAGGCUGCGUGCGGUGUUGGGGGGGGGGCCUGGCCGGGCCCCAGGACUUUUUCUAUGAUAACUUUUUGGUGCACAGUAAUUUUUUCUUGUAAUUUAAUCAGGCAGGAACGGUUCCUGCGCCCGUUUUUAAUUUAAUGGAUGUGGAUAUAACGCUAGAGGGAGAGAUUAAAUGUUCAGAACUAUGCAAACCA